AAGCAGUUUAACGUCCUCGUUCUAGUUUGGUGUGCCACUUGCUGUGGAACUCGCCACUACUGGGCCAUGGCCAGAUGGACCCCUAUUUUGGCGACGAUCAAAUGCCUUGAUAGGAUGGAAUGCAGACCCAAAAGCAUUUGCGUCAUGGGAAGUGAAGUUCGUAGGAUUUCAAGGACGUGUCGUGGAGUUCAAUUUCUCAGUCGUCAUGAGCUGUGAUGCUGAGUGUGAAGGAUUAAGCAUUAGUGUCGGGAGUGUUCUGCUCAACACUCCUUCGCUACAGAAUCUGCAACACUUCGAUCAAAGCAUCGAGGUCCAUGCAACACUUGACCUGCCGAGGACAGGAGGGAUGGACGACUUUAUCGAAGUUUCGGUAGGGAAAAUUGCUUUCAUGUGCCAAGAGGGAGGUGAAGAACGGAGAAGGAUUGUCAUCAUGUUGAAGCAUGAGCUCGGGGAGACCUCGAUGAGUAAGGACUGGUCCUUGCGUGGUGCUGUGCUGUAUGCUCGAUAGCCGUGAGGGCUGGUGAAAUGAGCUAUAUGAUAUUUUGAAACCAAGUGCGGGAGCAUUGAAGGCAUUGUGCAUUAGUCGAUGAUGGUUCAGGAAUAAAUUGCCAACCGUGCA